CAUAGUUGCCUGCCUUUCUAUAGGCCGUUGUCACUUGAUUCUCUGUGCCUUGUUAAGCGCUACACCACGUCUCAGGACGAGUGCAUUACCCAACCGAAUAGUUUCAUACCGGGCAUUGCCGCCUUAGCCCGUUGACUACACGGUUCUCACCUGUUUGGGUUCCGUUUGGAAUGGGUUUCUGGUCGCAAUAGUUUGCGCGCGUAUUGGCUGAAACAGAAAAGGAGCUCAGGACAGCUGGGCCACUGUAAUAGCUGCCAAGGCCGGCGCGUGCGCAUACCCGUUCCAGCCAUCCAGGGCUGCCCAGCCGGCGCCACCCCACCGCCCCAUGGAGCCGCCCGCCGCCCCCCUGGAUCCCGAAGAGACCAGCCGCCCCUCCCCGCAACCGGCGCUGCCAGCAAACCAGCUGGAUGCAGCUCCGGACCAGCCGGGUCGCCCCCCGCAGCCCCCCUCCGCUGCAGCUCCCCUCCUGCACCCAGCCUCCACUGCUGACGCCCAAUGGCCGGAGCCUGCCCCAGCCCCAAGCGUCAAUCCAGUACCCGAUCUCAUUGCCACUGCCUCCGACAGCACCUGCCCUGCCGCCCCGACACCCCCUGCGGCACUCCCUUCCGAGGCCUCCUGCUCCCCCUCCUCCAGCACCCAGCCCUCCCCCUCACUAUCACCAUCACCAUCCUCACAGCCCUCAUCCCCCACCUCAGCAGCUGCAGCAGCAGCUUCCACCGCAUUCACCUCCUCCUCCUCCGCCUCCUCGCUAGUCCGCUCGCGGGCCUCCUUCUUCGAGCAGCUCUCCUCCUCCUCCUGCUCCCGCACCUCCUCCGCCUCCUCGCCGCCUCUGCCUCCGGGCCAGCAGGCCGCCCCCCACCCUCCCGCACCCCCUCGGAGUCCCCCCGGAGGAGGAGGAGGAGCAGGAGGGGCCACCCGCCCCUCUGCUGCCCUGGCGCCCCACCCGCUGCACCCCCUGGCGCAGCACCCCCUAGCCGGCAGCGGCGCCAGUGGCAGAGCCGGCAGCGGCGGGGGCGGGGGUGUUAGUAAAAGGAAUGAGGUAGGCGGCGGAGUCAGGAGCGAUCUGGGGGGCUGCGGCGGAGGUGGAG